AUGCCCACCACCCAGGUCACCCCCGCCGAGGAUGCUCUUCUGCAAGGGAUCGCCGACUCGCUUUUCAAAGCCCGCAAGGUCGUCGUCAUUACCGGCGCCGGCAUCAGCACCAACUCCGGGAUUCCCGACUUCCGAAGCGAAAAUGGAUUGUACUCUCUGAUCCAAGCCCAAUUCGACAACGCGACCCGGGAGGAUGUUCUGGAAUCGAGUCGCGCCACAUCGUUCGAUGCGAGCCGUGACGAACGAGAACCACCCACCAAGCGGCGAAGACUGUCUUUCGAGGAUUCGGGCAUCUGCCUCAGCGACGACUCGCAAGCUACCGAAGACCAAGAAGUGCUUAGUAGCUCGGAGGAGGACAAGAGUCGACUGUCCAAUGGGUCAGACACGCCAGCGUCCAGCUUGACCGCAACCAGGGCGAAGGGUCCAGUGACGAGAGCGAGGUCACGAGAAUUGACAGCCGACGACGGCGCCACCACAAGUGAGGAUUCCAGGGCUAGGAGGGGUCAUGGCACCAAAUGCAAUGAGGCUAUAGCCGGAUCAACUCGGUUGUCCACGAGAGCCGCAUCCUUACCCCCGGAUGAGAGCCCUCAAAGGCUCUCUUAUACGGCUGAGCAUCCAAGUCCAACUGGGACUCAAACCAACUCACUGCAAAAAGAAGAAAGCCCAGCCCGCCGCGUUCUGCGCACACGUGGGCGUUCUGCAAGCCCGGGGGCAAAACCAAGAGCCAACGCUUAUCAGGCACGCUCUGCCGUGUUGCGGAAGAGGUCUUUGCUAACACAUCCCUUGGUCAACGGACAAGAACCUGAACCCAAGGAACAGCCUCCAACCUCGGUACCUUUUGCGCCAGGACAAGCUUGUUCAAAAGUUUCACUCCAGCUGGAGGAAGUUGGUCGGGUCCUCAACCCAGCGGCCCCUGUCCCAGCCUCAACACUUCAGACCUCGGCCUACACCACACCGAAAACCACAAGGUUCUACUCCAGCUCGUCGCCCUUGUCGUCGCCUCCCAGCUUGUUCCUCCAAACAACACCAACCUUCAAGAUCAGCUCCUUUGCACAGUCGAAUCGCCAGCAACCAGUGCCAGCUUUCAGCUCGUCCCCAUUGUCUUCGCCUCCCCCCAUCCUCUUUGACCCCUUCGAGGAACCAACAUCGUCUUCAUCAACCAGACAGACCUCAAGUGUGGCCAGCAGCCUCGCCUCUUCGGAAACUGACGAAACCCCUCCGUCCUCUCAACCCAGCAAGUCAACUCUGCCCAACAUCAAAGGCAGGGAUCUAUUCGAUGCUUCAAUCUGGGCAGAUCCACUGCGGACAUCGGUUUUCUACACAUUCGCCACAACCCUUCGGCAGAAAGUGAAGUGUGUUGAGCCGACCGAAUCGCACCAUUUCAUUGGUCACCUCCGCAACCGUGGAAAGUUGGUUCGGUGCUAUACGCAGAACAUUGACCAGAUCGAAGAGAAGGUCGGGUUAUCGACGUCACUUCAAGAAGGACCGGGACACAGGGGUCGCUUUUCAAGGAAAUCCGUUGGAGCGGUACUGGCUAUCUCGGCAUUGGCAAACACCUCAGCCAGCAGCGAGCUGGCCACAGCAGGACCAGAGCGGGAAGAAAAGAGAGGUAAUGUCGAAACCGAAGGGACUGGUAGUGCCGAGGGCGCUGAAUCGACCGACGCCACCCCCUUCGCCGAGUCUCAAAGUCAACAGCGAUCUGAUCGGAAGUCCAACGGCGUGGAGUGUGUCUUCCUACACGGAUCUCUGGAGUCUCUGCGGUGUUUUCUGUGCGGUAAGAUCUGUGCUUGGGAUGAAGGAGGGAGAGCACACGAAACUCUCUCUGGACGACAGCCCGAAUGCCCAUACUGCGCUGGAGCGACCGCUGCCCGACAGGAAAGGGGCAAGAGAGCUCUGGGUGUCGGCAAGCUGAGACCGGAUAUUGUACUCUACGGCGAAGAGCACCCAAACGCCCAUCUCAUCUCCCCCAUCAUCACCCAUGAUCUCGGGCUUUCGCCUGAUCUACUUCUCAUUCUCGGCACCUCUUUGAAGGUUCACGGUCUCAAAGUUCUUGUCAGGGAGUUCGCCAAGACCAUUCACAGCAGAGGCGGUAAAGUGGUGUUUGUGAACUACACAAAGCCUCCGGAGAGUUCAUGGGGAGAUAUCAUCGACUACUGGGUCCAGUGGGACUGUGACGCCUGGGUAUCCAACCUGAAGGAGAGGAUACCUCUGCUUUGGCUACCGCCAGGCACGAAAUUGUCCAAGAAGAAGAAGGAAAGCAGCGACAAACCAAAGAAGCGGCAGAACACCGCCGAACAAGGAUCGAAGCCUAAGUCGGAGUCAUCAAAGUCGGGCGAGCAUGCCCCUAAACUAUCGCAACCGGAAGCGGCUGUGAGGUCUGAACCUCCAGCCGAGAAGCCUGAGCCUCCAGCCGAGAAGUCUGAACUUCCUGCCGAGAAACCUGAACCUCCAGCCGAGAAGUCUAAACCUCCAGCUGAAAAGUCUGAGCUUACAGCCGCGAAGCCGGAACCCCCGACUGUGAAGCCCGAGAAGUCCCCUAACAACGUGACGCCCGAAGCGCCAAUUCGAACCCCGCUUCCCCAGGCGAUACCCAGCCCAGAGGAGGUAGUCGAGCCACCCAAGGUUGUUGAUGUUGGAUACGAGAAGCCAGUGGUGGGAAGUGAAGAGACCCCGAAGGUUGCCGCCGCCAAGAUUGUUAAUCCUGGACACGGUAAGCCAGCGAAGCAAAGGGAAAAGGGCCCGAAGGCCCCGAAGACCGCUGUCCCCAAAACUACACCCCGUCGGCCCAUGGCCGUUCGUGAUGACACGACCAAUGCCGUGUACCUCGUGUUCAAGGUCAUGGCCGAGCUUCGCCGAAUCACUGACAACAAGCCGGUGCCGCCGUCGUCCUCUCCUGUGAGCCUCCGAACCGAGAAGCCGAAGCCCCGACGAAAAAAGAAGUCUGCGCAGGCUGUUCUAUCACAGACGUCCGAGUCCAGCCCUCAGCAACACCCUGUCACAACUUUACACUUGGGGCCGACUACGUCUACGGUGGAGCAAGAGGUCCCGCAGUUAGAAGCGAGACGGAACACGAGAGUCGUUGCGGAGGACGUUACCAUGUCGGGAACCGCUGAGAGCUCCAUCCUAGCGGCAGUCAAGGUUAACCCCCGGACGCGGAAACGGAAGAAGAUUGACGGCGAGGAGGUGUUUGUGCCGGGUAUGCCGCGGCCCACCCUCGCCGUCAAAACGUUGCUAUGUACGACGCCACAGAAAGUAAAGAGGCCGUCCGCCAAGAGCAAGGCGGCCCUCGUCUCGCGCGCCUCGCCGCCCGAGACUCUCUCCGACAUGCAGCGAGCACCCAUGGAGUCGUUGACGUUGGCCCCUUUAAGAACGACCGGGGCAUCUGUCUCGACGCCGUUGAAGCUCCAGCCUUUGGAGCCUGUCCCUUCUCCUCCAACAGGUCCACUUUCAGUCAUGUCGCCCAACUCGCGGGCUAGGCUUGGCCCAAGGGUGGGUGAUCCAUUCUUCCGGUCGGAUUGUGUCGUUCAUGAACUGGUUAAGGCGUCUGGCUGGACCCAGCCUCGGAGUCUUGGGUUCAUGCCACUGAUGAGCUCGCAGUUCAACAAGGAGACAGACGCGAUCAUGGCGUUGCAGGGGCUGAAGGAGGGAUGA